UUAUCACAGAUAACGCGAGACAUCCGCCCCCCGACCACGAUACGACGCGAUAUCCUGGCAGGCCCCGUCGCAUACGGGUCGUAUACUGGAUCUUCAGGAGCUCGAACGUCGACUACGAUUCCAAAACCGACGCAGGGUUCUCUGGUCCGUUUCCAUUUCCGUCGUUGCCCCCCGGUAUUCGGGAUACACUGCCGACGACAUACGCGUCGCGUUCACCCCGUGCCGACCGAACGGCAAUCGCAACAAUAUCCAUCAGUCCACUGUUGCGCGUCGCCAUCGUUUCUCCGCGUCCAGCCGUCGUGCCGAACCGCCCCCGCGGUGUGUCCCGUUUCGAUCACCAGCUGCCGUCGCCCGAAAUGCUCGCGUUGCCCGUUCUGAUGGGCGUUCUGUCGUUGUCCGCCUCGUCCAAGGCUGAAUCAUAUGAAGAUGCUCGUUGCAAGUGUGUUUGUACCAUAGUAAACGGUACAGAAAUGUAUUAUAAAUUGUAUAUAGCCAAUGUUCUUCCCAGCAAUGACUGUAAUGGAGUAAGUCUACCUAUAGUUGGAGAGGUUAAUAAUACAAAAAAAGAAUUAUGUCCUCGGUGCACUUGUACUUACGAGAGUAGAAACACUACUACAAUGAAGGUGGUUGUGUUGAUUGUGCUAUGCGUAAUAUCAUUGUUAGUGAUGUACAUGUUUUUCCUGUUGUGCCUGGAGCCGAUGAUCAGAAGACGCAAGCUAGUUGGCGCCUAUGUAGAGCACACCAACGAAGAGGUAUGUUCUUUAUUGGAACCGACCAUGUCCGAUAGCGGUAGUUUUGAUGAUCUUCCACCUGCAGUAUCGUUAGACGCAAGAUCAGGAAGUGAUCCAAUGGUUUCAGUUGCUGCCGGCAGUAAUGUACUUAAUAGAUUUGGACACCAACAGGACAAAUGGAAGAAACAGGUCAAAGAACAAAGAAAAAAUAUAUAUGAUCGACAUACCAUUCUCAAUUGAAUAUGUUUAUUAGAUAGUUAUUCUUAUUGUAAAUUAUUGUUAUAAUUUUUCCUAUGUAUAAAAUUUGAUAAAAGCUUUGUAUACUGCGUUUAUCAUCAACUACAUUGAAUGGUUCAACUGCAAAUAUUUGUGCGUAACCUAUCAUUUGUUUUAGAGACAAAAUAAUAAUUCUCUUUAAUAUUUAUUCUUAUACUUUUACUUAACGUUAAAUUCAUUUAUUAAAUUAUAUUUUUAUAAAAACUCCUAUCAUAAUAAUUUCCAUCUCUUUAGGAUCAAAUAAAUGUUAAUACUUAGUGCCAUGAUAAAGUUAAUGGGUCUUAUUGGAUUACACUCUAUUGACUACUAACGUCAAUAUUGUACAAACCACCACUAAAAGUUUAUAUAUAUCUUACUUUAAUUCUUAAUGUAUUACAAUAGUUUUCAAAAAAAAUUGUAUGUACCCAUCCAUUGAUUAUAAUAGUAUACUAUGAAUGAUAGAACUUAUUUUAACUUACUAUAGUAAGUUAAGUCCCUAAUUUAUAUAUUAUAAGUUUAUCAGAAUAAAAUUGUACACUCAACGCAGUGCAAUAUGUUUUAA